CUUUAUCAUUCACAUUCACCCUCAGAAUGACGACUAAUUCCACCACUAAUACUAGUAAUAUGAGUUUGAAGCUUCUGAUAGACUCAAAGAAUAAGAAAGUGCUAUUUGCAGAAGCCUCUAAAGAUGUGGUGGACUUCCUCUUCACCUUGCUUCAGUUGCCCCUUGCUACCGUCAUCAAGCUUUUAAACAAGGAAGUCGUGGUUGGUUGCUUGGGAAAUCUUUAUUCGAGCGUUGAAAACCUCAACCAUGUUUACUGGCAACCAAACCUAUCUAAGGAUCUUAUCCUUAAUCCAACCAUUCUUACCUCUUCACCUGCUAUCUCCGGCCUCCUCCCUUCAUCAGCUGCUAUAAGCGACUCCAAGAUAACUCCAAAGCUCUACACGUGCUCCAACAGUUUCGGUCACGGUUGCGGUAGCAGCAGUGUAACAAGUGCGUACAAUUCUAGUUGUGCCGCGUGCCGUACUGGUCGUAUGUCUACGCAAGUCAACUAUAUCAAGGGUGAAGCCCCGGCCACGGCGGCAUCUAAUGACAGCAAUAAUGGGUUUGUGAAAGAAGUAAUAACUUACAUGAUCAUGGAUGAUCUUCUCAUUCAGCCCAUGUCAACCAUAUCUGGCCUCACCAUGCUUAAUCAGUUCAAUGUCAAGGAUGUUGGUGUCUUGAAAGAAACCGUUGUUCAACUUGGCAUGGAAGAGGGCUUAAAGCUACUCAAGGCAUCCAUAGAGUCCCAGAUGGCCCUCACAACCGUUUUCUUAGCUUGAUGCAUUUCGGAUCUUAAGCAUUUAAAUUAUAUUUUGUUUCCUUUGAUUUUUGUUGCCUUUGCUUAAAAUUGAUGUUAAGACUGCGUUUCUUUGUUUUAGGAUGUAUGUGUUUGCCUUUUAUUAUUUAUGCAGCUUUACGUUUAAUUUGAUGAAUUUUGAAUGGUUGAUGAGAUCUUUUGUAGUUCCCCUUAAUACUUUAUAAUCAUAUUUAUUUUACGUCA